GCAGGCUUCCAUCCACAGAGCGAAGCUUGUGAGAGGAUCUGUGAGGCUGCCCUGAGGAAGUAUGGGUCGACGUUGUGGAAGGUCAAUAAGGAGGGUAAGCCGAGUGAGGCGGGCUGGAAGGCUUGGUUGGUGAGAUUGUGCGCUCGGUCGAAGGAAGACUGUGAAAAGGAGGCGAAGCCGUUGUUCGUGAGUGAUGGAGAGGACUGAUGGGCCGGCCAGGAAGUAGAUCGUGCUUCAGGCGCUCGAGAGAGUGGAGAUCUGGAUAGUGGUGCUCGAGUGGGCGGCGUUCUUGAACUGCUUCAACGUUCUCCCAGGUGUUCGGUUUGGUCCCCUUCGCCGUGAUGGCCCAGUAAGCGAUUCGUUUUCCGUUGCUCCAACGUAGGCAGUUCUUCGCCUCUUCCGUUGCUGCUUGUCCGUUGGCUUCACUUCUCACUCCAAGCUUCACAUUCACCUCUUCUGCACCGCGCGCCAGACCCCAGCAACGCGCGUCUCCACCCGCAGCAAAACAAUCUCGCUGACCGCUGCGGCAACAAGCUCAGUCGCGCGCCCAAUAUAAAAACAAACUUUCUCCCCCCUUCUGCUCUCUUCCUUCUUCCCCGUCACCACAACACACAACACAACCGCGCCAACACACCAACGACCUAUCACACCACACACAAGACUCUUCUCUCACACACAAUCACACCAUCAACACCACUCAAGAUGUGCGGUCCACUCAUCGUCACUUGCGGCUGCGCUCCCAUCGUCCACAAGCAAAACCGCGCCACCCACUACGUCGUCUGCGAACACCUCCUCGUCCCGUGCAAGAAUGCCGGCGACAGAAUCUGCAAGGCCGGUCUCGGCGAGAUCGUCGACUUCCAGAACCCGUCCACUGAGUGUGCCGGUAAGUUUUCACUUCUUUCCUUCACUUGCUCUUGUUUCUGUUUCUCUGCCAAUUUGGCGCGGCGGCGGCGGCGGGCGGGUUGGAGAUUGAGUGACUUGGAGUCGAGUUCGAGUGGCGGAGAAAGGGGAGGAGACCGGGGUGAAGAAAAGGUAAUCUUGCUGUUUGAGAACAAUACUGACUCGACUUUCACUGGCGAAAGGCUGCUUGGCCGGCCACUCUCCAUACAGCCAGGCCGCCAAGGAGAUCUGCGAGGCUUCGCUGAAGAAGUACGCCGAGGCCGUCUACAAGGCCAACGAGAAGAAUUUCACCGGCGAGAAGACCUCCCGCAAGGGCUGGUUCUUCGGCCUCUUCUAAGUCCGCAAAGGUAA